CCUAUCAGUUGUCAAAUUGAUAUGCGAGCUCUCAUUAACAAGAUAAAUAAAUCUAUCGUGGCUCCAUUGCCAACAAUGUACACUGGUGCCCUGCGAGGGCUCAUCAAGAGUAUGCUGCGGAAAAAUCCUGAGCUAAGGCCCAGUGCUGCAGAGUUGCUCAAUCAUCCCCAUCUUCAACCUUAUGUUCUUAAGGUUCAUCUCAAAUUGAAUAGUCCGAGAAGGAGCACUUACCCUAUGGAAUGGUGUCAGUCUAAUUAUAUGAAGAAAAUUAGAUUUGUGCAGCCAGAACCUGUUUCCAUUUCAUUAGAUAGAGAAAAGAGGUGGUCGUUCAGUAAUGACCGGACCUUGAAUCCUAGCAUUUCUGGAACUGAACACGAUUCUUUCUACUCUAUGCGAAGAGCACGGAAUUUCUCCAUUAUUACUGAUAAGUUUGCAGAGUUAUCGGUCGACCAUUCCUCAGAAGAAGAUGUGAUCUUCGACUCCAAAUUCGCAAAGCUUCCAAGCAUAGCCAAAAGCCCAAGAUUGAACCCAGCUAAAACUACUGCUGCUCCCAGGAAGCAGUCAACUCUGUCAAAGACAUCCCACGUGGCUCCAAAACGCGAGGUGUCACGCACUCCAAGAAAUACUUCUCAACCAUCACGCAGAGUCCCUCUUCCAUUAUCAGCAACAUCCGUGGCUUCUGCAACUCCAUACAGGACAAGUGCAGGUUUCCUUCACAGAAUCCAGUCUCCAGAUGUCUCUGUCAAUGCCCCACGAAUUGACAAGAUAGCAGAAUUUCCCUUAACAUCUCCUGAAGACUCCCUUUUACCCAUUCCAAGAAAUUCUUCAACGUCUCCUCAGUGCUCAUCCGCCUCACCUGAGACCGUCCGUUCAAUCACUAAGGACAAGUGCACAGUCCAGAUUCUCGAUAAGGCCCACCAUGCUAAGCAUAACCGUGAAGUUGAUGUUGCAAGCCAUUCAUCUUUCGAGUUGUGGCAGCACCGGUUUGACACCUCGUCGUACCGGCAGCGAGCUGAGGCAUUGGAAGGGUUGCUGGAAUUCAGUGCGCGGCUGUUGCAGCAGCAGAGGUUUGAUGAGCUUGGCGUGUUGCUAAAGCCAUUCGGACCCGAGAAGGUCUCGCCCAGAGAAACUGCUAUCUGGUUGGCCAAGAGCUUUAAGGAUACCACAGUGAAGUGAGCUGCUGGUUUUGGGGGAAUGGUAAUAUACUUGUACAUGACCUCUUUGGCGUCUUUAGGUUUACGUGUCUUAGAUUAUGAGGUAGUAUGCGGUAUGUAUAGAGUGUGGAGAAAUAGAAAUUCGCGGGUAUGUGCUGGGAACUUACUUCGGGUGGUCUUGUUGAUGUGGGUUCUUGAAUCUUGAUGUAUUUGGAUAUCUGUAUCCAUUGAAUGUGAUGUUCUUGGAUUGCCUUUGGCAUUCCUAGA